AAUUAUCCAUGUCGGCCCUACAUUUGUCGCGUGGGCUGGACCUUCGGAGUUACCCACUGAGCCAAGGGGCUCGAUAAUGUCACAGUCUCAUUGUAUGCGCAAAACAAACAUCUGUCUAACCAAGUCAGCUCAGACAACUACGCAUUGUUUGUGGAUGAAAGACAUUGUUUGGACUGACCAACGCUGGAAGAGAAGUAUAAAUACCUCUAGAGAAACUCGUAUGGACGGAGUAAGUGAAUUGUCGCAUUAAGGACAACCCAGACAUCAGUUCAACCCGGCAUGGAGACCCAAACCCAUCAAGAGGUUAAACACGCGUACAACUCUCACCCACCAGUUCAUCACUCAGAUAAGACCUCUCAGCUGAUCCCUUCAGUACACGCGUCGCAUUCUGCUUGCUUCAGAGAAGUACAGGAAGCGUUAGAACUCGCUCGUCGUGAUGGCGAAACCGAUGAAGAGAUGACCUCAUCCAAUCGUUCCUAUCAAUUUCGUACAAAGCUCGAGGCUCCUUCGAUGUUCAAGGCAACAGCAAACCAGCAGGUCGAAUAUUUGCGCGCUCAGCGGACGAAGCAAGAUGCUGAGGACGAGGAGUUGAAUGAUGAUGGCUUGAAAAGCAUGCUCCAGGCGUGGAAGGACCUCGCUAUAGAGAACAAGCUUGAUCCGCAAAUACAUGCUUAUUGUGCAACCCAAGUUCUUGAGUAUAAAACAAAGGUCGCGGACCGCGAGCGCGAACAUAUAUGCAAGGAGCGGUUGGCCAAUAGCUCGGUAUCGAAGGAUGUAUCGCCGACCCCUCCCAUCGUGCACCAGAAUACAGCGACACCCGACGGGCUAAAGAAGCAAAACGCUACCGGAUCCGGUCCCUUCACGCCACUCGCAAGCACUUGUCCUACGCCUAAACCUGUCUGCGCUCUGACCAAGAAAGGCGAAGACCGGAAACGCGCCAAAGUUGAACAGGCUGAGAGGAGUGCCGAAAAGGCGGAAGCUCGUAUGCAAGAGAAAGCUCAGCGUGAGACGGCGAAACAAGCGCACCUAAACCAUAAAGUCGCUGCUGUUCGUGCGGAAAAGGAGAAGCAAAAGGCUAGGAUGGAACAGCAGAACGAGCGAGAGGUUGAACGUAUCGCCAGAGUCCGUGCCAAAGCUGGUGCUCCGCCACUUGGUAUGGUUGGUGCUAAUAUUGGAAAUCGUAGUGCUGCUUUCGGGAUAGACGUAAGUUCAAGAGUGGGUUCCGUGGGGUCGUCGAUAGGGUCUUCCGCUACCAUAAGUGACGCGCAUGUGGCUACGACGAAGAUUUGCACCACAUGCAGUCUUACGCAUUCGACCUUCCGCGAAUGGAAGAUGUGUGGUAUGCGGGCAGCCGAUCAAUAGGAGAAUUUUCUUUGUAGUUAAUGUUAGUAACAUAAAGCUUUCGGCUUGGUCCAUGAGCGUUUGUGUACACUCGACUUGUUGACGUUUAGCUCCAAACAUGAUCAAACU